CUUUCAGGGUCGUCAGCGAGGCAGAGUCAGAAGCCAAGCAUGCGCAUACUGCUAGUCUCGCUUCACUUCUCGUUCUUCGUGAUGUCCUACUGCUUCACGGGCGGCUACAUCAGCUUCCUCAACAUGCCCGUCCUCGAAGAGGCUCCGGACACGAAGGAGAAACUAAUGACGGUGCUUCGGACGGGCCGCCUGCAACUUUGCGUCUGGGGCAACUCGUUCGGAAACGCCGACAUCGCAAAAUCCAGGAACGCCGAUAUUGCGAAGCUCAGAGCCGCUGUGCGCGAAUGGUCGCCAUUCAUCGCUGACAGCUUGGACACCUGCGCCGAGCGCACGAGGAGGCGAGAGGCGGUGCUCUUCGCGAGCAAGCACGUUCUGGAGUGGUACGAGCACGCAUUCCGGGGCCAAGUUGAGAUCUCCAACGAGUUCUGGCUGGACUUUAGGCCCAUAAGUUACGUGCUGCCUCGAGCAUCCCCCUACGAGAAUGCGGUUCAGAAUGCUGUCAUGAGGAUCUUUGAAGCAGGACUCUUCGAUGAAUUCGAGAGUCGUUACCGCUACCAUAAUUUUCCGGCACGGAAGAGCCUGUCUACCGAAGACUCUUGGCGAGUUCUAAUGAUGGAAGACUUCAAGCUACCCUUCAUAAUCCUGGCCGCCGGUUUUGGAGCAAGCUCACUGGUGCUCGUUUGCGAAGCAUUGCUCCACGUUCGCAAGAGAAAACAACGAAACUAACUUAUACUUUUACAGCAUCCUGGUAAAAAGACGGGAGCGAUCUUAUACGUGUCAGUGCACGUGUUCUCGCCACUGCAGCAUUGUUGUGUACGUUUGCUUAGACAUUUCAGUAAGGACCACUAACAUGGAUAGAUAAUGCCGAUUUCAGCUUCCCAUAUGUCAUUUAUUUGCGCGCCCAGUCCACGUCAAUAAAUGUAUUGAAGUGUAUUGACGUUAAAGCAUUGCCGCGUGCGAAAAUAGUUGAUAUAAAGAAUUUACCCGAGUUGGAGAUAGUCGGGUUCGACUGUACUUAAAAACAUGCUGCAACUAGCUGCCUGUAAUUAUAUGUAUUCGUAUUUUACAUCUUCCUUUCUGUAGCACAGAGCUAAGAUAAGAACUUGCCAUACCUGUAAACAUUAUUGCUUUCUUUCUUUUUCGAAUUUC